CAAGUGCACCGAUCAAUAUGAAGAUCAUUGAUGAUCUUGGUCAGAUCAGUUUCAAAGGAGAGUGGGGACAGAAGCCUAAUUGGAGUGAAACAUAAGAGAAAACAGGAAAAGAAGGAAUCAGACUGCAUACAGAUGGGUGUUGUGCUGCAACAGAGAGCAGCUGCUGGGAGAUGCGGUGGGGCUAGAGGAGUGUGGGGUCAAGUGAGGGUUUGGUUUGUAUUUUUAAGACAGAAAAAACAGUAUGUGUUUAUGCUGUUGGCAAGAAUACAGUAGAGAGGAAGAGAUUGAUGAUGUUGGAGAAAUACUGGAAUUGUGUCCCUGAACAGGCAAAGGAGUUCAGAAUCUGGAGCCUCACAGUCAGUCUCGGGGGAGAGACUGGAUUGUUCUGAGCCCAGUACAAGGGGUGAACAUGCCAACACCGGCCGUGGAUGACCAUUAGAAAGAGGCCUCUGAUAGGAGACAGACCAAGGAUUGGCUUGAAUUUGCUGAAGUCUCCCUCUGCUCCCCACAAAGCUAAUUCUAACUGGGAUUUGAACAUAUGACCCAGAGGCGAGAGAGACCAUUCCAGAUCAUAAGCAAGGGGCAUGCAGGCACUCAACCUGACUGAGGCCAACUGGGCUGGUGGAGGUGGUGGGGCCAGGUGGGAGGGGAGGGAUGAGACUGAAAAAAUGCAAUAGGUGGAAGGCAGGUUAAAGGAAGUGAGGCUCCCUCAGCCAUCCUCCCAGCAGCUGGGGCUACACUAUACCAGCUCCCAGUCUGGGUGGGUGCUGAGCACAGGGAUUAAAGUCAUGAAGGGGCUCAGGCCUCACUUUCAGCAGCUCACAGGCUAAGGGGUUCCAGUACCACCAUCUAGGUGAGUGUAUCAAUUCUGCCUCCUUUUCCCCCAAGUCCAGCUUCCUUGGGUGAGCCUGGUGGAGGGAAUGGGGAUGAAGGGGCAGCUACCCAGAUCCCUGGUGGCAGGCUCCGAACCCACUAAGCACCCAGCCAGGACAUUGUGGAGCACAAGGCCUGUUGGUGCUCAGGCCACACCCACUCAUACUGGCCUCCACAUGCCCUUCUGUGUCCCCAGAAGUCGACAGUGUGGGGAGUUGGAGUGACCCGGCUGGAUGUGACCCCCAGGACAGAAUGGUGCUGGACUCAGGGGCUCAGGUGUAUGAACAGGCACCCCCCAGCCCACCAGCCAGUCCCUCAUCCUUGGGCCAUAGACUGAAGCCCUCAGACCGAGAUGGGACACUGCUGUACCCCUGGCCUCAGUCCCUGGCCUUGCCCCUGGCUCUGUCAAUCCCCUCAGCCCUGCGGCCCCGGCCUGAGCUGCAGCCCUACUCAGAGCUGCACUUGGGCCUCCGUGGCCACAUGCGUCGCAGUGAGAGCACCUAUACUGUAAAUAGUACUGGCCGGCGGGGGGGUGGCACCCAGGGUCGGGCCCCACCUGGACGGGGACGGGACCCAGGUGGGGGAACCCUGCGGCCUGCAGCCUCCCUGCCUCACAUUGCUAAGACUCGAAAGGAUGCAGGCCGUGGUGCCAGCAAGAGCCCUUGCAUGUUGGUGGCCUUGAGGCCAACCAAUAUGGACCGAGAGCGGGACAAGUUCUUCCAGUCCCACUACACCUACAACCCACAGUUCGAGUACCAGGAGCCCAUGCCCACGGCUGUGCUGGAGAAGUACUGUGAGGCUUCUGGACAGUUCAUCCAUCAGGCAGUUGGCAUCAUUGAGGCUGUCCUGGAGAAGUUUGGUACCUAUGAACACUUCGAAGCUGCAACGGGGGGCCAGCUGCUGACCAAGUGCCAGAUCUGGUCCAUUGUUCGCAAAUACAUGCAGAAGGAGGGCUGCGUUGGGGAGGUUGUGGUGCAGCUGAGUGAAGACCUGCUGUCCCAGGCAGUGAUGAUGGUGGAGAACAGCCGACCAACACUGGCCAUCAACCUGACGGGAGCCCGCCAGUACUGGCUGGAGGGCAUGCUGCGGCACGAGAUAGGCACUCACUACCUGCGGGGCGUGAACAACGCGCAGCAGCCGUGGCACAGCGCCGAGGGCCGGCUGCAGUACGGACUGCGGCCAGCGAACCCCACGGAGGAGGGCUUGGCCAGCCUGCACAGCGUGUUGUUCCGCAAGCAGCCCUUCCUGUGGCGCGCCGCCCUGCUCUACUACACCAUCCACCGCGCCUCGCGCAUGUCCUUCCGCCAGCUCUUCCAGGACCUGGCGCGCUACGUGCAGGACGCUGACGUGCGCUGGGAGUACUGCGUGCGCGCCAAGCGCGGCCAGACUGACACCUCUCUGCCCGGCUGCUUCAGCAAGGAUCAGGUGUACCUGGAUGGCAUCGUGCGCAUUCUGCGGCACCGCCAGACCAUCGAUUUCCCGCUGCUGACCUCACUGGGCAAGGUGUCCUAUGAGGAUGUAGACCACCUGCGGCCCCAUGGGGUGCUGGACAAUACCCGGGUGCCCCACUUCAUGCAAGACUUGGCACGCUACCGGCAACAGCUGGAGCACAUCAUGGCCACUAACCGGCUGGAUGAGGCAGAACUGGGCCGCCUGCUGCCUGACUGAGGCCGGCUGAGGGUUACAGCCGGAGGCAGUGGACAGAGGGCUCCAGAUCAGCUCUCAGAACAUGAAGAUGACUGUUCUGUGCUUCCAUGGCCUGGGUGUUUCUUGGUGAACUGGGAGGGCAGGAGCAUCCCAGGAGGUAGGAGUGGCAACAUCAGAGCCUUUGUGUCCUUCGCUCGCCUCUCUGGGGCCUAGGGACUGGUAGUAGCGUGUCAAGCAAACUGAGUCUGCCCUCCUACGUCCAGCUCUCUGUUGAGCAGAGGGGAAGCCUGGGGGCAGGAGGGAGGCUGAGCAUGAUGGGGAUGGGGGGCGGUUUGGGAGUAGAAACUUGUUCUUGCAUGAGAUGGCUUUGGGUGUCUGCAUACUCCAGUGUCUCCCUUCCCCCACCUGGCCCCUCGGUGCUCCUUCAGCUUUCACGCUUUCUACCUCUCACUGGGUCCUGGUGGGGAUCUCCCUUCUCCUAGGGUGACUGCCUGAGCAUGAGGGUCUGGCUUUCACACAGGCUCAAGGGCCAGGGGUCCUGGUGGUAGAGACCCAGCUGGGCUGGGGUGUGCUUUCUGGCAUUUUGCCUCUCCCACUGCUCAUGUAUUUAUACCCUAUUUAUGUGCUCUGCUUCCUGGGGCUGGGAGGCAGCAGCUUCUGAAGGUGUGGUGGAGGGAACAGUGCUCCUCUGGAAGGCACCAACUGUUCCUAGCCCCACUCUCCUCUCUGUCUCUCUGUCUCUCUCACACACACACACACACACAGUCCUUUAGGCCUUGUGAGUCAAGCCCAAGAGCUCACUUGGCCUUGCCCCCAGCUCCCAGCCCCUCCAUUGGCCUGUGCUGUUCCUGUGUCUUUGCCCACACCCUCACAGCUGGCCUCUGGCCGAGGGUGGCAUAGGCUGGCAACAGGCACAUUUGAGACUGAGGGGCAGGCCCCUAGCUGUUGUCCCAAGUCUUGAGCCACCCCUCCCCCAAAUCAAGAUGGUGUAGAGGUGGUUGUUGCUUCUGGUUUCACCUCAGACUCAGCUGUGUGAUGCUGACGCAUUCCCACUCUCACCCUUGCCCUUGGUUUUCUCAUCUGUAAAACUCAGAAAUGCAACUGGAAAGUCCUUAUUCAUCUAGUCAGUGAAUGUGUGUAGAGCACCUUCUGUGUGCCAGUUACUGGUCAGAACCCUCCCUGAGUCCCCAGUCCAGAGAGAAGCCAGACAAUUAAAACAAUUAAAAUGAA